UCAGCAUGUUUGAUUGUUUCUGCCUGCAGUGUGUCAUGAAUACCCUGAGUGUAGACCAGUGUUUCUUCUAUGACAAGCGAGUAGUCAUCCGGAUAGACUUUGAUGUGCCCAUACACGAUGGAAAGAUUGUCAGUGAUAAAAAGAUACGUGAUGCACUUCCCACAAUCCUGCAUGUCCUCAAUCAAGGUGCCAAAUCUGCGGUGCUGAUCAGCCAUCUUGAUUGCCCAAAUGGACAACCAGUGGCUCAGUAUUCUCUUGAGCCUGUGGCUAUAAAACUGGAAAGACUGUUGGAUCAUCAGGUGAUAUUCCUUGAUGACUGUGUUGGGGAGCAGGUAGAGAUCAAGUGCGCUGAUCCCUCUCCUGGUUCUGUUUUCCUGCUGGAAAACCUGAGAUUCCAUCACGAGGAAGUUGGCUCACACAUCGACUCCUUGGGCAAGAGGACACAGUCGCUAAGCAGACUGGGAGACAUCUUCAUAAACGACGCCUUCGAGACAUGCCACACCAGGCACAGCUCAGUGGUGGGGAUAGACUUGCCCGUCAAGGCGGCCGGCUUCCAGGUGAUGAGGGAGCUUCAGUUCUUCCACUCUUUCCUCUACGAACCACGGAGACCAUUCCUUGCCAUGGUUGGUGGGCUGUUGCUCACUGACAAAAUCCCGCUCUUUGAUCAUCUGUUGGAUCUCGCUGAUGACAUCAUCAUAGCCGGAGGGUUGGCUUUCACUUUCCUCAAAGUACUACAUGGAAUCUCCAUCGGGAGGUCAGUGUACGACGAGCAGGCCGCCUCUCUAGUUCCCAUCAUUGUUGACAGAGCUCGGAUCAAGCACAUCCACAUCCAUCUGCCCCGGGACAUCGUGGUGGCCAGCAAAUUCGAUCCGCUGGCAGACACACGGACGAUCAACAUGCCCGCUGGCAUCCCGGACGGUUGGAUAGGGUUGGAUAUCGGAGUCAAGACGCAGAAAAUAUUUGCUGACGUGAUCGGUCGAGCCAGAACAAUUCUCUGGCAUGGUCCGCCGGGAGUGUAUGAAAUGGACAGCUGUUCUAAAGGGACGGAACAAACGGUGAAGGCUGUUGUCAAG